GGACUGCAGCAUCCACAGCCCCGCGGAUAUCCAUCAUGAACUUAUAAAUCACCUACAGUCUAAUGUCAAAGACAGAAACUGCAACCUGGAUGGGAAGACAUGAGCACAACAAACACGCCGGGAAAACAUAGAGGAAAGGAGCAAGGAGCGUGGAUUUCUUAUGAUCUCAAAGAGACCGGAGCCUCACGUGGCGAGUGAGGCUUCAUGGACGGAGCAUGCCAUGUGCUAGCGCGGUGAGACAGUGGGAGAUCAGGCCCACGUCUGCUCUGCGGUGGAUCAGACACACCAGGGCCCUGAUGUGGCAGUGGAUACGGGGACUGGCCCGGGCCUGCCGGCAUAGUGUUGGAUACCGCAUGAACUACAAUGACCAGAUCCAAGAAGAACAGGAGAUGGUGUGCCUUGAGCCCAUGGGAUCAGAGCGGAUGGAGAUGCGAAAGAGGCAGAUGUCGGUGCAGCAGGAGUCGGCAGCGGGGGGAACUGCACCGGCCCAGCAGGGCCAGCCGGGCCAGGCCAACCCACGGGGCUCAAAUGCAUGUUGCUUCUGCUGGUGCUGCUGCUGUAGCUGUUCCUGGAAUGAAGACCGGGAUGAGAGGAGCCGAAAGGCUUCUUAUGACGUCAAAGAAGGGACCUCAGACUGUGAAGACUGUCCUAAACCCACGCUGGAGGAUGUGCGCUCAUGGGGGCAGUCGUUUGACAAGCUGAUGUGCUGCCCAGCGGGGAGGAACUCCUUCCGACAGUUUCUUCGCACCGAGUUCAGCGAGGAAAACAUGCUCUUCUGGUUAGCCUGUGAUGAAUUCAGCAAAGAGGCCAAUAAGAGUGCGAUAGAGGAGAAGGCUCGGGUCAUCUACGAGGACUACAUCUCCAUCCUCUCGCCUAAAGAGGUGAGCCUUGACUCCCGCGUGCGCGAGGCGAUCAACAGGAACAUGCAGGAACCCACCUUGCACACGUUCGACGACGCCCAGCUGCAGAUCUACACACUAAUGCAAAGAGACUCGUAUCCCCGCUACAUGAACUCCCCAGCCUACAAAAACCUGCUCAACACUCUGUCAGAGCAGUCCCCCGAAUCUUAGGGUGGUGAUGACCUGUGAUCUUUUAACUGUCUUUAUUCCCUCCUCUCCUCCCCCCUCAACCCCCGCAUCCUUAUUCCCCUUUUUAAAAAAAAAAAUUUCUUUGUAUGUUCAGUGUAGGAUUACAUAAACCGGGCCUCGGGCCUGGCCCCUACCAGGGAUCUCAGCGCUAUUGUGAUCUGCACCUGACCGAAGACACUCAGGUCUCAAAAUCUCCCGAGGGCUCGACAUCACAAGUACUGCUACUGAUCAACAUAGCAAAACACUCCAAAGGAAUAUGAAUACAUUUUGUUUCUGUUUCCUUUUUCUUUCUUUUGAUAGAAAUAAUCUAUUUUAUUUGUGUUCAGAGUUUUUUAUGGUCUGUUGUUUUUUUGUAUGAUUGUUUGGGGGGAAAAAAUGAUUCCUACUGUAGACUAUAUAUUUAUGAGUUUGUAAAUAGAAAAAAAAAUGGAAUUGUGGGUAUUUUAUGUAGAAACGCCUGGUUCUAUUUACUGCGUAUGAAAAUCAAAGCUCAAGUCAAAGGCUACAUGUUAGCUCUACUUGCAGGCAGCUUUGUGGGGUACUGUAUGAUUUGGUUUCACCCUGUUUUGUUACCUAACCUCACACUUUGGUACCUGUGACAGCGACUUGGCAACUCCAGUUCAUGCAGAAACUGUGCGUGAGUGAAACUGCUAAAAGUGUGGUUAUCUGUGAAGUAACAGAAAGUGACAAUAGCUCUUGUCAUGGUGUGCAAUUUGUUUCCUUAAGAAACUAAAAUCAGUGAUGGAAGGGUAUUUUUCAACUUUCUUUACUCCAUCUUAGCCACAGAAGAUUGCCUAUUUAGGAUAGUUUUUGUUCAUUCAAGUGUUACUCAAUGCACACCUCAUAGGUUUAAUAUAGUUUUACCAGUGUGAUAAAAGAAUCUAAGUAAUUCUAUUUACCAGAUAAAGUAUUUUUUAUUUAUAUCUAUUGCCAAUAAAGAAAAACCAACAAGUACAAAUUAUAUUGAAGUCCUAUGGUGGAGUUAACUAUACGGUUAGGUUAGGUUAGGUAGGUAAAUUUGGGUAACACUUUAUUUUAAAGGUCUGUAAUUAAUUUUGCCUAUGAAAAAUAACAAUAUCUUUGAAAGACGUGUUCCUCUUUAAUCCAAGCAAAUAUGCAUUCCUUAUUCAUGUAUGAUUGGAUACUUAAAGGAAGGGUACGAUUUUAAAUGAAGGAAUAUUAACACCUCUUAUUUGUGUGCUAAAUGUAAAGCUACAGCCACAGGCCAAUCAGCUCAUCUUAGCACAAAUACUGGAAACAGAGGGAAACAGCUAGCCUGUGCCUCUGCCCAAAUUAACAAAAUCUUGAAUAGGAAAAGCUCGAUAAUUAACAUAAUAGCUUGUAUGUUUAAUCUGUACAAACAAUUGUGUAGAGACUCCAGGAAGUUACUGCUUCACCUAAAACAGCCAUUUCUUAGAUUUUUACAAUUUGCAUGGACUUAACAAACAAGAUAUGAUGUUAUGUAUGUAUAGAUGGGCUUAUAGGAGUGUCUGUUUACCCCCUGUUCCCAGUCUUUAUGCUAAGCUUAGCUAAUUGGCCGCUGUCUCUAGCUGGAUGUUCAUCUUACAGAUAUGACAGUGGUGUUGAUUUUCUCAUCUAAUGAAAGCAAAUAAGAGUAUGUAAUUCUAUAUGUAUUCUAACUUGUACAUUUGCCUGGAGACAAAUUUGACAUUUCUUCAAGUUUAGAUAACAAUUAUUUUGAAUUAAUUGGAAUUAUCUUUGGUAAACUUCUCAAAAAAUUACAGACAAGUAAAAUAAAGCGUCACCAAAACGUUGCGAGAUUGACGAUUUUGGACAGCAGGUGGAGUCAUUUGCGUAUCAUCCUGCAAGGUUUUCGACUUGAAAAAUUGCCCACCUGCAAUAUGAAGUUGACUUCUGAUCGAAAUCGACUCUGGGGGUCAGGCCAGGUUAGCAGCAACACCAAAGCUACCACGUAAACUGUGUUCAUACGCUCAUCGAGAGCCUUUCCAUUGACUACAAUUGGAGUUGCCAAGUGUUAAAUACUUUUAUGUAUUCUGAUAGUUUUAGUUGAAUUACUUUGUUGCCUCACAAACAUGUCACUCAAAGACAAGAUCCUCACAUGGGGAAGUGCCUUGACAUUCAAUUUUAUGACAUCUUUCUCAUGGGCAACAGUUGUUUUCAGACUUUUGCCAUAAAGGUGGUUACUGGAGCACGAGACCAGUUUACUGGAAAUUGUCCCUUUCUUUGGCCAAAUUAUCGCAUGUGUUUUGUCUUGAUUCCUUAGUCGUGACCACAUCAGUCCAUUCUGAUAGCGCUACCAAACAGUAUGGCAGAGGGUGAUGACAACACAUGUCUAUUUGCUGAGGACAAACAAAGAUCAAUGGAUAGGGCUGGUUGAUCUGAACUCCUUGCCAACCUGUGUGCUUCACGGUGGCACUUCUACUUGUCUUAGAGUUAACUUUAACUUACUAUGUGCAAUUUGAGCUGAUGGAUACACCGCGCAGAUCAACCUCAAAACACAAUCUAAGCCAAUGGUUUGGAGUGAUGCCUAUAAAUGUUGUUUCCUCUUCUGUUUACUAUAUGAAAUGUGUUAUUUUGCGCUGAGUUUACUGAAGAAUACAUUUUUAAAAAACAAAUAAUGUGAAUGUUUACAGUAUAUGGUUUAGUUUUUUUUUUUCUGCUACUCUCCAAGAAAAUAAUGACUUGUGGGCAUUUUGAUUGAGAUAAAAUAA